UAAUUGUCUUCUAGAGCAUCGGGUACAUAUUUAUGUUAGAAGUGUGUAUAUAAUUGUGUGUGAGGUUUCAACACUGAUAAGAUUACCAUUUCAUGCGUUGAUCUGGUAGAAAGAACACUAUAAUUCAUAAUUGAAACACGAUGGACAAUCUGCCCUACCCAUACACUGUUCAAGAGUUAACAGAAGAAGAACAGAAAAUAUGUGGUAGUUUGAAAUAUUGCGAUAUGGUGAGGAUAGCACCUACUCGAAAUUGUGCCCCAAAGAUAGUCGAAAAAUAUGGACCUGAAUUAUAUAAUUUCAAACCAAGACCAGAUGAUAUUUGGCUUAUUGGAUAUCCCAGAUCAGGUACAACCAUGACUCAAGAAAUUCUGUAUCUGCUUGGAACCGAUCUAGAUUACAAAAAAGCUGCCUCGAAAAUUAUGGAUGAUAGAUUUCCUUACUUGGAGGACGUCCUAAUGAGAUCGGAAGAAGAUGAAAAACUCUACGAAGAAUUAUGCAAGAAAAAUAAAGAACCUGAAACACCCGAAGAAAAAGCUUGCAUACCACGUUACAAGCAAUUGGAGAAAAUGAAGGAAAGGAGAUUCAUCAAGAGCCAUAUCGGUUUUUCACAUCUGCAUCCUCAAUUGCUGGAUGUUGGAUGCAAGGUUGUCUUUAUAGCCAGGAACUACAAAGAUUGCCUGGUUUCCUCAUUUUUCUAUCCUUUGAAUGAAGAAGAAAAGAAAAAGAACGGUAUUUACAGCCUCUGGAAAAUUGAACAGAAUGAUUUAGGUAUAUUAGGAAAUCACAUGGAACUCUUGAAGGAAGCAUGGAAGAGAAGACAUAACAAAAAUCUCUUGAUAUUAUUCUAUGAAGAAGUUAAUAAGGAUAAGCGUUCUGCUCUUCAAAAAAUAGCCAAAUUCUUGGGAAAAACCUUGACAGAAAAAGAUUUAGAGACUUUACUCGAUCACAUCGAUAUCAAGAAAUUCAGGGAGAAUAAAUCAGUAAAUAAUGAUCAUCUAGUUGCAUCAGGUCUUUACGUGAAAAAUGAUCAAUUUUCAUUCAUAAGAAAAGGAAAAACUGGUGGCUGGCGUGAGAUGUUUUCGAAGGAAAUGAACGAAGAAAUAAAUCAAUGGUUCUUGGAAAAAAUUAAAGACAUGCCCGACUUCAAAAUCCCCGAAUGUUGGAAGGAGGCCAUGGAUUUGCAGAUCUGAUCAUUUUGUCUCACUAUAAGGUUUUCAUUGAUUUUUGACAUUAAUUAAAAUGGUUGCUAUUCC